AUCAUGGUACCUGACUAGCCUGUUAAACCAGCGAAACCAGCUUCAUGGUUCAGGCCCCAGUCAGAUGUGUUUGGUGAUCAAGAUGAAUUGGAGGAGGGGCCACCGGUGGGCGGAGUUAUGUACACAGUGAGGAAGUGACUCUGAAGCAAAUCUUACUCGAGAAAGUAGCAGAUGCGAGCUCGUUGUCUUGGUGAUUUUCUUCCGUGAACUGUCGCCGGUUAGUUUCACUGGUCUCCAGCAGAGUAAACCGGAAUUGUCGCAGGACGCUGCUUUGAAAAAUGAAGCCUUCAAAUCCAUGUUUUAUAUUUUUGCUGAGUUUAACAGUAGUCAGCUCAAGCUUAGGAUUCUACCUUCCGGGUUUAGCACCAGUCAAUUUCUGCGAGUCGAAAGGAGAUGCGGAGGAAUGUCAGACUGCGAUACAACUGUUUGUGAAUAGACUGGACUCAGUGGAAUCAGUCCUGCCUUAUGAAUAUGAUGCGUUUGAUUUUUGCAAAGACACGGAUGAAAGAAGGCCCUCAGAGAACCUUGGGCAGGUGUUAUUUGGAGAAAGAAUAGAGACGUCACCUUACAAGUUUUCAUUUAAGGCUGACAAGACUUGUGUGAAGGUCUGCACCAAAUCGUAUGAUGCAGGUUCAAAAGAAGACAAGUUAAAGUUGGACUUCCUAAAGAAAGGAAUGGAGCUGAAUUACCAGCACCACUGGAUUGUUGACAACAUGCCAGUGACGUGGUGUUACAUUGUGGAGGGCGAUCAGAAAGUCUGCAACCCAGGGUUUCCCAUUGGAUGUCUAGUGAACGAAGAAGGAAAGCCAAAGGACGCCUGUGUGAUAAAUGCUGAUUUCAACAAGAAGAACACUUUUUAUGUUUUCAACCAUGUGGACAUCACCAUAGUUUACCACAGUGGAGAUGAAACGAAUGGCAUGCAUGCUCGACUUGUGGCGGCAACACUGGAACCUCAGAGCAUAAAGCAUAGUAAUGAUGAAAAUCCAACCUGUGAAGGAGCUCCCAUGGACAUACCAGCAGAUUUCAAGACUAAUCUCAAAGUCACGUACACUUAUUCAGUUACAUUUAAGCAAAAUGAUGAUAUUAGGUGGGCUUCUCGAUGGGAUUACAUUUUGGUUUCCAUGCCUCACACCAACAUCCAGUGGUUCAGCAUCAUGAACUCUUUAGUCAUUGUGCUCUUCCUGUCUGGCAUGGUGGCCAUGAUCAUGCUUCGAACACUGCACAAGGAUAUUGCCCGGUACAACCAGAUUGACCAGGCAGACUGGGUUAAGAUCCCUCCAGCUGCAAACGUUACCUAUGAGGAUGCCCAGGAGGAUUCUGGCUGGAAGCAGGUUCAUGGUGACGUGUUCAGGCCGCCCAGGAUGGGCAUGCUUCUGUCCGUCUUCCUCGGACAGGGCACUCAGGUCUUCAUCAUGACUUUCAUCACCCUUUUUUUGGCCUGCCUGGGCUUCCUGUCUCCAGCCAACAGAGGGGCUCUCAUGACCUGUGCAGUGGUGUUGUGGGUUCUGCUUGGUACACCUGCUGGAUACGUGUCUGCCAGACUCUAUAAGACUUUCGGUGGUGAAAACUGGAAAACCAAUGUUCUUCUCACCGCCUUUUUGUGUCCUGGGAUUGUGUUUGUGGAUUUCUUCCUGAUGAAUCUGAUCCUGUGGGUAGAGGGCUCCUCCGCUGCGGUUCCCUUUGGUACACUGGUGGCCAUCCUGGCACUGUGGUUCGGCAUCUCUGUUCCUCUCACUUUUAUGGGUGCAUACUUCGGUUUCAAAAAAACAGGCAUCGAGCCACCAGUGCGAACAAACCAGAUCCCACGCCAAAUUCCUCAGCAGUCCUUCUUCACCAAAGCCAUGCCGGGCAUCAUCAUGGGCGGCAUCCUGCCCUUUGGCUGCAUCUUCAUCCAGCUCUUCUUCAUCCUCAACAGCAUCUGGUCUCAUCAGAUGUAUUACAUGUUUGGCUUCCUUUUCCUGGUCUUCAUCAUCUUGGUCAUAACCUGCUCUGAGGCAACUGUUCUGCUCUGCUACUUCCAUUUAUGUGCAGAGGAUUAUCACUGGUGGUGGCGAUCAUUCCUGACCAGCGGUUUCACAGCAGUGUAUCUGUUUAUCUACGCAGUGCAUUACUUCUUCUCAAAACUACAAAUCAUAGGGGCUGCAAGCACCAUCCUCUACUUUGGCUACACCUCGAUCAUGGUGCUCAUUUUCUUCAUUUUUACAGGUACUAUAGGCUUCUUCUCCUGCUUCUGGUUUGUAAAUAAAAUCUACAGCGUGCUGAAGGUGGACUAAGGGAGGGACAUUUGGAGAACACGACAUCAUCUUUUUACAGAUCAGCUUUCAUGUGAAAGUCUGAAUAGACAUUUAAAUGAAGGUUAAAAGAACGGAUGGUGUGUUUGGCUCAACUGUAAUUCACUGACCUGCAGUAGGUGUGUGUGUGAACUCCAAAGAUUCUUUUUUUAGUGCUUUACUUGUCUCGCGUUGCCUAUGACUUCAUUCCAGCUAAACCUACUGCGCUGAGAGCAGAGACCCAUAUCUUAUAUAUAAAAUUGUCUUAUUAUGCUUUUAUACUUAUUCAAAUGUAUGUUUUACUUUGUGUGUUUUAUUUAGUCAUCUGUAAAGACAUAAUUUGAGUAUAUAUUGCAGUACAUGUUUUAGCCUUUGUACAUUUUGUAAAGGUCAGAUGGGACACAGUUUCGGGUUCACCAAACUUUACAGUCACAUUUGCCUUUACAGUGAAAUUCCGUGGGCUAAAAGCAGUCAUCGCAAACUGGAAUUUUGAGUGAGUGAAACGUGAAAACAUUCCACACACAGACUUCUCAUGGGAUUCAAGUUUGUUCAGUUUUGAGCACACAAAUUUGUCACACUGAUCAGUUUUAAAGCUGCUUAGUUUGGAAGGGAGCUCUGAGUAAGAGGUGUAGCAUCACUACGUAAUAAGUUUCACUCAUGUUACACACCAUUAUCUGGUGGAAUUUCACAGAGAAAUACCGUUUUUUUUUUAUUGGAAUCCACGUGUUUUGGAGUUUCGCUUAAGGGCUAAAACAUCUCCCCCACACAGAUUUGUCCUGUCAAAGAUGACGGUGAGAACAGAAAAUAGGUUUGGAAGUGACUUCCUUUUUUUUUUUUUUUUGCCCGUGAAAUAUACCUAUAAAGAAUUUUUCGCAUUUAGAUAGGAAUUAACGCAAUCAGGAAUUUCACGUGACGGUGAAAGAUUUUGCAAUGGGUUCAAGACAAGCUUCUUUCUUUUAAAGUGACUUCUAUGUGAGCUCUGCUUUAUGCAUUGUGAUAUUGACAAUAUACGAAGGAAAUUUUUUUUUCCAAUGAAAUUUCCCUAAUGUGACUGCAUGUAAAACCACACCAAAGUAAACUCUAUCAUGUGUA